AUGGUGAAGGUCGGUGUGAAUGGAUUUGGCCGUAUUGGGCGCCUGGUUACCAGGGCUGCCUUCUGCUCUGCAUCUGGCAAAGUGGAGAUUGUUGCCAUCAGCAACCCCUUCAUUGACUUCAACUACAUGAUCUACAUGUUCCAGUACGACCCCACUCAUGGAAAAUUCAACAACACAGUCAAGGCUGAGAAUGGAAAGCUUGCAACCGAGGCCACACUGAAGGGCAUCCUGGGCUACACUGAUGACCAGGUGGUCUCCUGCAACUUCAACAGCAACUCUCACUCUCACACCUUUAAAGCUGGGGAUGGCAUUGCUCUCAAUGACAACUUUGUAAAGCUCAUUUCAUGGUAG